AGGUCAAAAUGGGAGAUGCCCCCAAGGGUGGACAUACAGACAGACACAAUGGUGGUGGCUAACCAAUCAGACAUAGUGGUGGUAGACAAACAGAGGAAGAUGGUUGUAGUGAUAAAUGUGGUGAUACUGAAUGACAGCAACAUCAGGAAGAAGGAACACAAGAAGCUGGAGAAGUACCAAGGGCUCAGAGAAGAGUUUAAGAAGAUGUCGAGGGUAAAUGCAACAGUGGUCCCCGUGGUAAUCGGAGCACUCGGCGCAGUGACCCCCAAGCUAGGCGAGUGGCUCCAGCAGAUCCCAGGAACAACAUCCAAGAUCUCUGUCCAGAAGAGCGCAGUCCCAGGAACAGCUAAGAUACAGCGAUAAUUAGUAAUCAGUUAAUGCAGUCGUUUUGUUAAACCCUUUGAAUUAAAGCUGAAAGUCUGCAUUGACUAUUUGAUCUGUAACCACUGUGAUAGUGUACAGAGGCAAAGCUACAAAAUUUAUAGAUGUAUCUGUAUUCACUCGUUGCUCAUUGUUACUUUGAAAUAAUAAUCCAAUACUGAACACACCAUAUGCUCAGUCAUACUGCAUCAUUAAGUUGAAAGUUCAGGAAUAUCAAAUUAAAGAUUUUCAGUAAAAUAUGAUUAUUAUUAUAAUUUUGAUUGAAAAAUGAGAAUUUUUAAUAACAAUUACUGGGAUUAAUCACACAUUCUGCUCAGAUUCAGGUCAAACAACACUUACAACACUUUGCACUCCUUCUGGGAUGACCACAGUAUGUGAGAGGAAGCCUGCUGCUUUAUCACAGUUAAAGUUAAACUUAACAAAGGGACAUGGACAAAGUUUCAAAGCUUAAAUCCAGUGUUCUCUGCCUUUCGUACCUCAGUGUUGUUAUAACCUUUGUCAGGUGUUAACAACAAGCUGGAAAACAUCUGUAGCACAGCUGUUCGGGAGUAAAUGUAAACCAUUUACUGUUAAAGUGCAAUUUGUGGCAACAGCCCUGUAAUCAUCAGGGUGAUGCACAGUUUUAAACUGUGUUGCCAACUUGCUCCAUCUCCAAGACCCCAUAUUUCUGUCUCCCACCUGUUGCCAUUUUUGUUCCUUGAAUAGAGUUACUUCAGAAAUCAUGACUCAAAUGAGUUCCUGCUUGCUUACAUGGGCACAUCAGGCAUUAUUCAACACCUACACAAGCUGAGAGCACACCAAGUGGAUAUCCAUUUAGUGUCGUUUCCUCUCCUUCCUCUCUUACUUUCUUCUGCUUUUUUCUCUCCUCUCCUCUCCUCUCCUCUCCUCUCCUCUCCUCUCCUCUCCUCUCCUCUCCUCUCCUCUCCUCUCCUCUUCAUCCACCUCCCCCUCCCUCCCCCAUGCACAGCAGAGGGGAGAUUGACACAGCGUUUUCAGGCCGUGGUGUAUGAGUACAGUAGCAGAGGAGAGUGCGCACAGACAGGAUUACCAUCGGCGAAGGAGGCAGCGGAGGACAGCAAAGGAUUAAAGGAGAGACACGGCGAGGAUGAAACGAUGAAUAAGCGAUGAAGGAGUAACUAGAGGAAACUAUUCAAAGAAAGGAAGAAUUAAAGAAGUGGUCACACACCUCAUGAACUUAAGGACGUUGGAGCUUUGCCCUGCAGAGUGAGAGCGAACUAAAAGUACAAGCAAAAGAAAGGAAACAGCUGAUCAUUUGCAAGGGGUCUCUUCAGUGGCCUGAACACCACCUGCUGUGAAGAGACCAGAUGUUUGGGAGUAGGACACAGUUUGGCCUCCCACUGUGGCCCUCUACCUGUGAUCACUGGUGCCAUGGGAACAAGUAGAGCGAACAGGUACAGCAUUGUGUCUGAUACUUUACCAGAAGAAGAAAGGCAGAAGAUCUCUAGCUUAGGACUCCAUAACGGCCACAGUUCACCCAGAUUCAGACUGCACUUGGCCUGCACCUCAGAAGGAGAAGACAGGAGGAGGUCAGGAACCUCCGCUAUCGUGCCCAGCACGACGGAGCAAGGAGUGAUGAACAACUACAACGGAAAGGUUUUGACAAGGGGCUCCAACCAAGUACGGAGCCGAUUUGUGAAGAAAAAUGGACAAUGUAACGUUGUGUUCACCAACAUGGAAGAAAAGGGGCAGCGCUAUCUAGCUGACAUCUUCACCACCUGUGUGGACAUCCGCUGGAGGUACCUGUUGGCUGUAUUCUGCACCAGCUUUCUUGUCUCCUGGCUGUUUUUUGGUUUAAUCUUUUACACUGUUGCCCUGGCACAUGGGGACUUUGAAGAGCACCCUACACUGAAGGGUGAUGGACUGGCAGCUGGAGGUCUGCACGGAGCCACAUCUGGACAUACAACUGGAGAGCAAGCACAAAGGAUGCCCUGCAUACUUCAUGUUCAGGGGUUUAUUGGGGCGCUCCUGUUCUCCAUGGAGACCCAAACUACUAUUGGUUACGGAUGGCGCUGUGUUACCGAGGAGUGCCCUGUUGCUGUGAUAACAGUGGUGAUACAGUCCAUAGUAGGCUGCAUCAUUGACUCUUUCAUGAUUGGCACCAUUAUGGCCAAGAUGGCUCGGCCAAAGAAGAGGAACCAGACCCUCAUGUUCUCCAAAAACGCUGUCAUUGCACUGCGUGAUGGCAAGCUGUGCCUCAUGUGGAGGGUGGGGAACCUGCGGAAGAGCCACAUUGUGGAGGCUCACGUCCGUGCCCAGCUCAUACGUUCGUAUGUCACAGCUGAGGGUGAAUUCAUCCCUUUAGAGCAGAUGGACCUCAAUGUGGGCUAUGAUGAGGGCACAGACAGGCUGUUUCUAGUAUCUCCACUGGUUAUAGUCCACGAGAUAGACAAAGAUAGCCCCUUGUAUACUUUGAGCCGAGCUGAUCUGGAGGCAGAUGACUUUGAGGUCGUUGUGAUCCUGGAGGGAAUGGUGGAGGCCACAGCCAUGACCACCCAGUUCCGUAGCUCCUACCUUUCCAGAGAGAUCUUCUGGGGUCACAGGUUUGAGCCUGUGAUCUACGAGGACCGCGACCGCUACAAGGUAGACUACGCACGCUUUCACAAGACAUACGAGGUGCCGUCAACGCCCCAUCUCAGCGCCAAAGAGCUGGAUGAAGCUGCGAGCAGGGCUUCUUCUGCUGCUUCUCCUGCGUCUGCAUGCAGAGCCACAAAAGACUUGAUCCCCAUGUCGCUUAGCGCCUUCUGCUAUGAGAACGAGGUGGCAUUGAGCUGUGGGGAGGAAGAGGAUGAUAUAUUUGACUCUUCUCAGAUUGUAGGGAAGGAGAGGGCAGAGGAAAGAAGGACUUCAGUUUCUGUUGACUUCCAAAAUAUGUUCCACGACAACUCGACUGUGACUUCAGGCAGUCACAAUGUCAUGUGUGUUCUUGACAUGGACAAUAACCAGAUGGAGUUUGAUAUCUUACAGACUGCAAUUCCUCUUGAUCCAGUGACCUAUAAGAACGAGCAAGAGAUUCAGUGAGAAGAGGGAGGGUAUGGUCUUCCAUGCUCCUCCUGUUUCUGGACCUGUUUUCUGCAUGUCCCAUACCCCUUUUGCCUUUCCAGUGUUAUUUUAUAUUCACAUUCAGUGGUUCAAAAGUAAGAAAUGUUUCCUAAAUAGUUUUGUGAUGGAAUUUCUUUUGUCAAAGGUUCUUUGUACAGAAAAGGUCUGGCUGGUUAUUUUGGCUCCUGGCAGGAUUUUGGCUCUUUUAUUAUGAUUUGACAAAGCACAGUGGCAGAAAAGCCCACAAACUUGGACUAAGAAAUGUAUAUUUUGCAUAAUUAAAAUGUUCUUUAUCUUAAUUUAAUUUCUAUGUGAACAUAAACAAUAUAUUUUAUGAAAGAAAUAGCAACUCUGAUUUGAAUUCUCUUUUUUAUGAAGAGAACUGAAGUUCUUCAAGUUUUAUGCUCGAUAAGCCGGUUCGUGGAUUUCCGUGGUCAUCAUGCUGACAAUAGUUUCCCACAUUGUCUUUUAUAUUUCCAUUUGUAUUGAAGCUUGUUUCUACUGCUGAAAGAAGUCAGAAUUUUUUGACUUACAAAUGUAAAUUGAAAUGGAAAAUAUUCCUGUGCUGCAAAUGUUGAAAUUUAGAGGAGAGAAGCUUCUAUACAAACAUUCAUUCAAAUAUAUUUCCUAAAACUGCCCUAUAAUAAGUUAUUUAGCAUACAUUAUUGAUAAACUUUUUGAUUUUGUGCAGUAACAAAAAAAAAAAAAAAUUCUAAGUGCAAUCACUAAGUGUAACAGAAGAUGUUUUCUGAAGAAUGUGAUAAAGUUUCCUUAAGAUAAACUUAGAGGGAUGUCACUGGAUUUAACAUCUAAUGUUUAAAACAUAGUUUUUAGCUUAAAGAUGAUUUGUUAAAAUGCUUAAUUUUUAUUAGUGUAUACAGACUAAAAUAACUUUAUCCAGUUAGCAUAAUGAAUAAAAAGCAGAGUACACUAUAAAAAAUUGUGUAAAAAAAAUGGGAAAAUGUCCUGGUAAUUUUCUGCCAUUACAUUUUUAAUGGAGGUUUGCGUAUUUGGUAACUGGUAAAUUCAUUGUGUGAUUAAAAAAUAAAGGAAAAAACUCCUUAAAAAGUUAAUAUUGAAAAUUCUUUGAUUUUAAACCAGAACAUUUCACUGUAUUUUUACAGAUUUUUUUUUUACUGUGCAGAUUUCUUGAUCGCUCCCUUCUGAGGAUUUUUUUCUUGGUUUGUUUCUUGUGGAGGUUGCAGCCUGUGAUUACAGAAUCAAUACUGAGAAUCGGCUUAAAAACACAUUUGCUCUGUUACUGUUCGCCAAAGAAAGGUGUGGAGUUGGAUAACAGUGGCCCGUGUACAGUACUUGUGUCUAUGAUAGUAGGAAGCACAACAGGAAACAAAGGGACGGAGGCUGUUUGUGCAGUCUCAGGAAGUGCAAUAAGUAUUUGGAUGUGGGUGGAGGGGAUUAUUACUGAUGUCUUAUGAAUUGUUUCAGACAAAGUCGACAUGAUGAUUGUAUGAUAGAUGACAUGAGAAGUAAGUUUCCAAUAUUUACUGGGAAAGCAUGCUGAGAGAGCCAAAUGAUAUGAUAUAUGACAAACGUUUAUCAUGGAAAAUACUAAAAUACCUGUAAAUAAACAUUAUUUAUUUUACUGAUUGUAUUGUCAAAUAUUUCCCAUCAAUUAGUUUCAGACUGAGGCCUGAACAAAUAUUUAUAAUAUAUUUACCCUGUGGCUUUUACAUGCAGUAAUCAGACUGUACCUAAUGAUACUACAAUAUUCAGUCUGAUGGUUUUUAUUUUAUUUUAUUGUUUUGUUUUGUUUAUUGAGACUUUAUGAAUUUAAUUAUUUCUUGCUGACUGCUAGCAGGCGUGUUUGUUUUGUAUUAAUGUGAAUGUGUGGGAGAGAGACUGGAUGUAGAAACGAUGUGCAUCUGAGCAACAAACAGUAAAUAGUUUGAGUUUUCACAAUGUUUUAUUGUCAAAAUUCUCAAUCCAGAUAACUAGGAUUAUAUAAAGCAUGUGUAAAGCAACUCAACUGACAAACAUACACUGCCAGCCAAAGUAAAAUACUUACUAUGGUUUAAUGCAUUCAUCACUGCAGGAUGACAAGAUAAAAAAUACAAACAUAACUGACUUUUAAAUAACUUACACUUUGAGCAUAUCAGUUUCACGUUUAUCGUCAUGUUUAUUCGUAUUUGUAAGAUUUUUUUUGACGAUACAGUGCAAGUUUCGGUGUAAAUGUUUUUGGUUGCCCGAGUACAUCUUGUAAAUAAGACUGAAAUCACUAUCUGUAAUACUUUUCUUAAACAUUCAUAUGAAAUCCAUAUUUAACAUGUUUAAAUUCAAAUUUUACAAUUGUGUGAGUUUGAUUUGACAAUGGCACCUUAAAAUACGGAGGACCAAAACAGCCAAAAAUAUAAAUGCUUGAAUAAUGACUUAAAUUAACAUAUGUAAAUGCAAAUGUGCCUGAUUUGGCACAUUUGAUGGCAUAUUCAUUUAGUUAUCGAUCUGACGAAAAGCAGGUGAGCCACCGAGAUGCAAUAAACAGGUCAAGUUCUGGACUUCCGACUCUGACUUUUUUUUUUGUGGUUGUUCGUGUAUUUUCUGAAAUUUUACUUCAUAUUUAUUUAUUGAGACACAUACAUUGUCGGUUUUGGUUCUCCAUAUUUAAAUGUCAUCAGAUUCGGAUUAAAAUGUUGUUAAAUUUCUAUACUUGUGUACAGAUUGUUUUGACAUGAACAUAGGCAAAAAAAAAUACAAUUUUAAGUUACUCUAAAAUUCUUAAGCUUUUUUUAAAUAAAAAAAAGUGAAAACACAUUUUUCAAAAGGUUUUGACUGGCAGUGUGUAAAAGUCUUUAUGUAAUGUCAGUUCUGGAUUGUGUAAUACUUGACAGGAAUGGGUGUUAACUUAACAAGUAAGUGUUUUGUAUCCUUUGCUAUAAAGUCUUCCUGCUUUGUAGAAAUCAAAUGAUUUUCCAUUCCUUCCUUGGGGAUAAACACGCACUGAGCAAACUACUGUCAGACUGAAAUAAGCUGAAAAGAUAAAAAAAACAACAACCCUGAGGUACAAAGCACUUUAUUCUUUCUUGUACAAUUUUUGAUGUUGCAAAUAAAUAUUUCUGUAAUUA